AUGGAGCCUAAUAAUAUAAAUGUGAAAGCUGAACCAUCGCCUACAGGACUAAUUUAUCCUAUUUCUGUUCACCAUAAUCCCGGUAAAAAUCAUCUGAGUCCAUUAUGCACUAUCAUUCAAGAGGAGUCCUAUCCAAAUUCUUCUUCAGUUUGCAUGUCUUCAGUGGGGUUUCCAUUAAGUGAUCCCAGUCCACUACCAUCUCAGACGAAAGUGGAGUUCUAUGCAUCGAAAACUGAUAAGUAUUGCCACAAUUCAUUUUCUGGCGUUUCAGAACCAGUAACUAAGCCUUUUCAAGCUCAAUGUAUUGAGGAGCCUUCAAAUGUAACACCUUCACAAACUUCGCAUCCAUCUGUUAAUACUGAAUUCCAGGUUCCUAGUGUGCCUAGCGAAUGUUUACACAAAUCUGUACACACAACCGCCAAACCAAGUGAAGCGUUGUUCGUAAGAGCUCUAGUUGGACGCUGUAAACGUAUUGCCCCUUUGUGGUUUCGGGGUGUCUCAUCAAUGCGUGAGCGUAAUCGAGAAGAAAAUCGUCGUAUGGCCUGUAACAGUGGACAAAGCCAGAGCGACUGGAGUCUAAUAGCACUGAAGAUUGGAGAGAUGAACGCAAAUACAGAAACGGAUGCUGUUUCAAAUUUACUCAAAAAGUUGUACAAAGAGUUGCCGAGCGAUUCUGUAUUUUGGUUUCUUAAGUGCUGGCUUGGAAGUGAAGAUACCCUAAAAGAUCCUGAUUCUUGUGUUAUAAGUCGUGGUGAUGCCAAAGGACGUAUGCGCCGUAUUGAUGGUGGUAAAGGUUCAGAUAAGGUUUGGAGACUGGAUACAAUUGUGGGUAUGCUUUAUCAUGGUUUGCCCAUGUCUAGUACAGACACUAAUAUAAUGGUACAUACAUGUGACCAUGAGCUCUGUGUCCGGCCUCAGCAUAUACGAUUUAGAGCUAGUUCUGUAGCUCUUGUUGUGGUAUUGAAAGCAUUGGCUCAAGCUGGAUAUACUAUUAUCCCGCCGAUGAUUACAGCAGAUUCUAAUGGCAUUGCUGCUAACGCACCUGAUGAAGCUGUGGACGUAUUUGGGCCUUUUUCAAUAGAAGAACUCCAGCAGUAUAGAAGUGAAAAUUUAAAUCCUGCCAGUGAAUCUAUGUCCAAGCUUACAUUAAGUGCAUCAGAUCGUGAACUAGUCGAUAUGGUACCAGUUAUUAAAGAUGCCCUUCAAAUUCCUGAGAUAACAAUAACAUCUACUAACUUGAAUCGAGUCAACUCGCAUCCAAAUUCGUAUAUGUCAUACACCUAUCGUAAAUCUCAUAAGUUGGAUCAACUACGUGAGUCAUCGAACAAUAAUACUUUUUCACCUGUCAAUGAUUCUAGACAUUCACCUAUUCGACGUUCAUCAAAUGGAUUUACCUGUUCAUUUCCAACAUCUAAACUCAAUUCAACAAUAAAUUCUACUAAUUGUUGUACUACUACUACUGGUUUACCUACUCUGUCUGAUUCAGGAUCAACUGUCUGCUCUAAAGAUAGUGAAGUAUUAUCUCUUAAAUGUGAACGAUAUAGUUUGAAACGGCCUCCACCAGAUUCGCCUAGUUCUUUUCCAUCAUCUCCAGCUAAAGUCUCGUAUAACUAUCAUCCUUCUUCAAGUCCUCCUCUUCUUAUAUCUGAAGCAUCACCAAGUAAUUCUCGUGCUUCACAAAUUCAUCCACAGAUUCGUAGACCAUCAGAUUCUACAUUGAUGAUCACUGGUGGAAAUAUUUCAUCUCCUUUAGCUUCAAACACUUCUGUCAGUAUAUCGUGUUCAAAUAACAGUUCAAGUGCAUUUUAUGCUGUUUCUAUGCAGGAUAAUAUUAAUUCUUUGCCAAGGUCUAUUCAAUCGACUGUUGUGACUGCUAAUGUAUCUGUUUCAAAUGACUUAUCAUCGCAUACUUCUAAUUCGCUUACAUCUCAGUCAAUACAUACUGAUCCUGAUCAAUCGUUUGCUCAUCAUCUCCGCUCUGAUCAACAGAUAGUGCAACAACAACAACAGCUGCAAAGCUGUCUACCAUUUACUACAUUGCCUUGUUCAUCUCCGUCCCUCCAUCAACCUUGUUCAAUUCAACAAAGUCAGCGUAAUCUAACAAAGGAUAAUCCCUAUCUUUGUUCACAUCCAUACCUUGGAUUAUUAGUGUCUGCUCCAGUGAAUGGUUUUUGUAUUCACACUCCAGCUGUCAGUAAUAGUGGUGGUAGUAGUAGUAAUAGUAGUGCUGGUGGUGGUGGUGGUAGUAUUCCUCUUAUUAGCUCAGGUUGUUCGUCUAGUGGAAAAUCUACACCUAGACAGCCUGCAAAAAAACGUCCAGAGGCUAGAACGCCUACAAUCGAUGGUUCAUCUGAUGAAAAUAUGAUUUGCCCUUCAUCAAAUACAAUGGGACUUUCCAAUUUUGAUGAUUCUCACUCCCAUUUAUCAGCAUCAUCUCUAGAAUCGACAACAAAUGCGUUUAUGGUUCAUCAUAAUACACCAUUUAUUCCUGUACAUGGUAGAGUAGUUGGUCGUUCCAGUUCAACAGAAAUGAUUCACCCAAGUUUAGGAUAUAUAAACGGUAAUCCUGGUUCUAAUAGUCUUUCAUCUACAACAACAGUGACAACAAAUUCAUUAAACAAUUCACCUAAACGAAUUUCAGACAAAAAUCAUUCUAGUUCAAAUCAACUAACUAAUAAUAAUCAUAUAAAUCUAUCAACAAAUCAUAAUGAUGAUGAUGAAGAAGAAGAAGCUGAAAUGGAUCAAGAAUUAGUAGAUAUUAUGGUUGGUCGUAAUGGACAAUCGAAAUAUACAUUAUCUCAUUUAAAUAAUAUUAAUUCACAAGUUGAACAUAGUGGAAGAAUACAUUAUUCACUUAUCAAUCAUAAUCGUCAUGAGAUACUUUCUUCUGAAAUUGCAGCUAGCCCAAAUGGACGUCGAGUAAUAGCUGCUAUGGUUGCUGCUUUAGCCAAUGUUGGUGGAUCUCCACUAAUGGAUAGUUCAACUCCACUUAAUCCUCGAAGAAGUGCAUCAGCGUGUAGUCUUCCACGUUUCGAUAUCAGCCCUAACGAAGAUUUUGUGGAUUUACUUUCACACAAUAACAAUAACAAUAGCAAUAUACAACAACAACAACAACAAUGUGAACAAAUCAAUCACUCUAUCUCUAUAUUAAAUGAAACAAAAAAUCCUUCAUUUCCUAUCAAUAAUGAUUUGAAUAGUUCUAGUAGAAUUGAAAGAAGACCUACCUAUGGUGGACAAUUAUCAUCAACUCCACCACCGCCUAAAUUAUUGUCUUCUCAAAAGAUGCUAACUACUUCAACAUUGACGACAAUCAAACCAAUCUCAUUUCAUCAUGAUUCAGAUUUACUUCCAAAAUUAUCAUUGAAUAACAAUAAUUGUACUAUCAAUCAUACUCAUACUCAUACUACUACUACUAAUGAUAAUAAUAAUAAUAAGGAAUCAAUACAAGAAUUGGCUACAUUGCUCCGAAAUUCACCAGCAUCUGGGAUAAGUCAAGAACUUAUAGAUAUGUUGGCAAACAUGGCUCAACAGUAUGGAAUGCAACAGUCACGUACAUGCAGUCGAGCUAGUCGUCCAUCAAGUCAAGUUGCUCAACACUUUUAUCGUAGUCUUGUUAAUGGAUCUGUUUGUGGUUCACCAUUUUCUAUGACAGGUUCUGCUGCUUCAGGUUUCAGUUUUUUACAUACACCAAAUGGUGGUGGUGGCCUAUGUAAUUCUGGACAUUUAACACCAUUAAAUCAAUUGAAUUCAACUACUAAUGGAUUGACUACAUGUUCUAGUAAUGUACAAUCUAUUCAUCAUUUACAUAGUCUAAGCUUUACUCCAUUAUCAAUUGAUGCUGAAUUAGUUAAUUCACAGACAACUAAUCUAAUAUCUACUAUAAAUCAUGAUACACUAACAAAUAAUGAUCAUGUUAAUAAUAAUCAUCAUCGUAUUAACUAA